GAAGAUGAUCACGCCAAGUUGGCUUGGCGGUUCGACCAUGCAACGCGUCUGGAGCGGCACCUCGUGGGGAAGAUUGAAGCCAGUGGUUUCUCUUGCCAUAAGGACGGUGCAGGGCCUGGCGAAGGCGGCUUCAUGAGUACCCCCAGUGGGGGCAGCAAGUCCAUUGAGAAGCAGCCUGCUCCUGCCACUGAUAAUCUGGCUUCAGUCUCCUCGUCCAGUGCGGACCCGGAAACAGUGCCACCAGGCAUCGCUCCACGCACGCCCCCUCCCUCGGUGCCAAUGUGUUCAGUGAACACUGCAGGCGUGACCGUCCAUCCCGGUCCCACCGAUGAUGCCCUGCGGUUGCAGGCAGAGUCCUUGCUAUCUCAGGUCAGUUGGAGCCAGCUUGAUGCAUAUAUCUUCCCGCACUUUCACAGGCGCCUGAAGGAAAAGUUGCCGGAGCUCGAGCUCACUUUUGCACGUUUGCGAGAGCUCCGCGCGGACGAGGACAUAGUAUGUUUUCAGGUCAUGGGUAACUACAAGAAGCUUCACGACGGCUUCCACCAGUCACCCGAGCUCUCUGUGGGCAACUUUACCCUCGCUUUCACAGCCACGUUGAUGAGCCACGCCUUGUCAACAUUCUUCUCCGGCAAAGAUGCCGUCUUCGGGUCUUUUGUUGAAUGUUGGCUCUUUUCGAUGCGAGGUGCAGAGGGAGCAGUCGCGGACAAGAAAAGGGAGAUCCUGGGACUUUUUCUUCACGCAUGUGAGACAGUGUCAUACUUCUUGCCAGUGGCAAGACAAUCCACCCAGCUCUGCCACCUCAUUGAUUGGAGGCGAGGAGGUCUUCUCUCCACGCAGCUACUGCGCAGUCUCGCAGUCAUGCAGCUAGGUCAAGAAGCUGCACAGCCCUGCCAAGCCGACUUGCAGAGCAAGCUCGUACAGUGCGACGGCGGGCAGGACAGGUUGGGCGCCGCAACCCCGUCGUCAACUUUCGACGACCAGUGGUUGGUGCAGGCCCUCAGUGGGGUGCCACAGCCGAUGCAGGCCGCUCUCUACAAGGCAGUCUUGAGCUUUUCCGAGCCGGGCAGUGCCCUCGCUGACGCGUCUGAGGCGGUGCAGAGAGCAGGUUGGCACAAAGGAUCCAGCGGAUCUGUUCCCGUCGCCGAGUUGUUGAGGAGAGCCCUCCUGGGCUACAGCCCUCCCGCCUUGCCAGCCUCCGCUUCCUGCAGUGCAGUGCCACAGAGUCUGAGGCGCAGUGCGCUCGCUGAGUCCUCAAACCAGCCCGCGGACACCUCCCUGGCAGAGCCAGCUACCCCUCACGGCAACACUGUGCGCUCGCCGACCACUCCUGCAGAGCAGACUCAGGACACUGCGUGA